CAGCAUGUCCUGUGCUGUCGACAAAUUAAUUCGAUCUAUUUACAACUGAAGUUAUAUAUUGUACGGUUGCAAGCAUGUGGCAUAUCACGUGAUUUGGAAUCUCCCCCGUGUAAUCUGGAUCACGGUUCAUAUAUGUAUGCCACAUAAUAUUAGUAUCCUGACGACCCGUUUCAACGAUCAGUUUGAUAGCGGCCGUUGAGAAGAGAUAAAGCGAAUUUUUUUAGAAAAACAUCUUACACAACCACCCUAUUUUGAGAUUCACGUUUCUGUGGAAUCACAGAAAUUCUUUGUUGAAAGAUCAUAAUCCUGUGAAGACAGGAAAAAUUAUUGAUCAUCGUCCACGAGAGUUAUAAAACUUCAAUAUGCUUACAGUAUUUCUACUACUCAUACCAACACUCUGGGGGGAUGAAACUGAGGCUAGUGUUCUCGUGGCAGAUACCACUAUGUCAAGAAUGGUGGAAUUAAAUGCGGAUGCGCCCUUCUGUGCCUUGUACACUGAUCGUGGUGUUAUUCAAAAAAUGGUUCUUGGUGCGGAUCCAAAAAAAGUCCGUCAAAUGUCAAGCAAUCUCGUAGCAGAUUUGGAAGAAACGUGUAAAGCCUCUCGAAACAAAGGAAAGAAUCAACCUCCAGGAGGUGGAUUGAUUUAUCCAGGCACAAAAUGGUGUGGCCCAGGUACUUUAGCGAAAUCGUAUGAUGAUCUCGGACACCAUGCAGCCGAGGAUGCAUGUUGUAGAGAACACGACCAUUGUCCUAUCACUAUAUCACCUAAAGAAUGCAUUCAUGGUAUAUGCAAUAACUCGCCUUUCACACGGUCUCACUGUGACUGCGAUGCGAAGUUCCGUAGAUGUUUGCAGAAUCUUAAUUCGGAAGUCGCAAAUACUCUCGGUGCUCUUUUUUUUAAUGUGAUACAAGUAACUUGUUUUAAGGAGAGACGUCCCUGUUCACAGUGGCAAAGUUGUCUUCUGGUUUGGAUGAAUUCAACGCGAUACGAGUAUAUUAAUUCGUCACGAGAUUAUUAUACCUACAAGAUGUUUUUCUACAAGAUACUACAGGCAAUGCGUGACAUCCUCAAACAGAAACAAUUAUCAUCAUGGUUGCAUAUGAGCUUCGAUUGAAUAAAUGGUUAUACGGAAUCGGUAUCGAACCGAUUGUGCUCCCAGUACAAAUUCCGACCAAGCGACAAAUACGUGCCGUUGAUGCCCUUGAACGUGAACUAGCUAUUGCGGAAACGCAAGAAGAACGGACCAGACAGCCUUUGAAGUGAUGCCAGUUAACAGAGUUCUAAUGAGUGGGAUAAUUGCACGCGCUUCAACAGCGUUCCUUGCGCGCCCCUUUCUUUCACGCUGAUCCAACCUGUCUGGGAAUAGAACGAAAUGUUCUUUCCCGAUCAUUCAUGAAUUUAUAUUGUUCCAGAUCAUUAUUUUUCAUGGAAUGUCAUUUUUCUUUUCUAACUUUUAUUUGACAAAAAAUUUAUUAUUCCCUUUUUGAUAGCUUCGAUCAAUUUUUCUGCAAGAUCGGUCUAAAAUAAUAGAUAGAAAAUUAGUUUCCGAAAAUUCCAUAGCUAAGAAGUAUCCAAGAAAUAUUUUUUAACAUUUUUUUUAACAAAUAUAAAAAUAUAUCAGAUA